AAUCCUGAUAAUAUAUUAGUACAUGAUGGUCAUAUGAUGAUUACGAACUUUUGUUUUUCUGAUAUUGAGCAAGGAACGUUGACCCUUGACGGAAUGAUCUCGUUUAUUGAACCUUUGUAUUUGCAAGAUCGACGUUAUCAACGAGAUAAACGAUCGGACAUUUACAGUUUGGGUGUUAUUAUGUAUGAGGCGUCAAGUGGUCGACCUCCUUUUGAAUUGACUGAAUCAACUGUACGUGAUUCUGAAUGUCGGUUCAAAUUUGAAUCACCUCCAAAUUUACCAUUUCUUGAUGCUCCCGUGACCACACCUUUUAUUUCUCCAAGAGUAGAUUCAAUUGGUUGGCGCAAUUCGAUUCAUGAAAUUGGUUUUACCAACCAAAGUUACUUGACUCAAUCGGGAUCAAAACUU